UCAUGGCUUCACUCUGGCGACCACUCCGGCUACUGCCACCAUUGCAGUCGACAUUAUCACAGUCUCUGGGUCUCCGCGCCUGCACGCCACUCCGUUCGCGGCUACUCCAUUCAUCACCCAUUCUCCAUGUGCGCAAACCGUCAAAGGCCGUAGUCAAGCCCAUCGAUGCUUCUGCGCCGACUCGCAAGAAGCAACACAAAGACGCCCUCAGAAAGAAGCAACCUACCGACGACAAAGAUGACAUUGAGCACUUCCAAUCGCCCAAGCUCGCUCCUUCUGCUCCACCAACAAUCUCCACCACCACAUACCAUCCUUCGACGCCUCCUCCCACGAUACACCAGCCCAUAGCCGCUGCGUCGCUGCAACACCAGCCCAUCGCUCAGCAACCAGUCGACCUGACCUCAGCUCAUCUCCCUCCGUCGUCCCUCAAACCCACACUCGAAUAUGUACCGGGCGGCCGCUCAGGUGUCCUACAAUCUCUCAAAGAGCUCGCCAGCGCCGAAUCUCCAAUCUUGAUCUACGAAGCCACAAAACCUCGCCAAUAUGUUGCCUGGUGUCUGUUUGCAAGUCUGCUUCUCGGUUGCCGACCUUUGCCUUUUGACGUCCCCCUUGGUCGUGUAUUCUCGGACAAGGGCUUUACCGAGAGCAUUGCCUACUUCAAUGCCACCAGGGAUGUAAGACGUAAGCCCGGUGUCCUUGAUGCUCUCUUUGGACCUGUCGGCACAAUUAUGUCUGCCAACAUGAAGAUGAUCCAGAGAAAGUCAUCUUUUGCUCAACUGCGUGUGGCAGAUUCGGGUGUUUGGAAGGUUGACCUCCGUGAUUGCAAAGUCCCCGAUGGUGGCAAGACUCUUGACCUUCUAAUCCUCCCUAGUGAGAGAAAGCGCGGAUGGUUUGCUUCGCUGUUCAUCGCCGAGAAC